AUGAUUGCUUCUAAAAUUUAUUCAGUUGCCACUACAUUAUAUUUGGUUUCAUUGUUGUUUUCGGCUGUUUUAGUCGUCUCUGCUAAAAUCGAGUGUACUAAAAGUGCUUCAAGCGAAGAAUUCAACAUAAAUAAAAAAGAAUUUAUGGUUUUGCUUGAACCUAAAAAAGGGACCGAAAAUACGGCAAUUCUUAGACAACAUUUGGAUUUUUUUAAAGAUUGCUUGGGCAUGGAUUCUCUACCAUUUCUAGAUCAAAACAAUGGGAAAAUUACAACAAAAAAACCUUCACCAAAUACAGUAUUGUAUUUUUCUGUCAGCACCCUUUUUGGUUUUUUUGGUUCUUUUGAUCCUCAAUUAGUUGAAGAACAAAUUAAAUCAUUACCUAGCAUUAAAUCAGUCGAAAAGGUGUCAAAAGUUAAAGCCUUUGCUCCUAUACAAAAUAGUGGUGGUAGUACAACCGUUAGUACUUCAUUUUAUGACUUGGAUCGUAUAGAUCAAAGAAAUAAUAAUUUAGAUGGAAAGUACACUUUUCCUACUCCAGCCGGUGAAGAUGUAAAUGUCUAUGUGGUUGACACUGGUAUAAAUCAAAAUAUGGCAGAAUUCGAUGAUCGUGUUAGAUUUGGUGGUUCUUUUUGUGAUGGAUGUUCUGACGUGGAUGAUAACGGUCAUGGCUCAGCAGUUGCAAGUGUUAUUGGUAGUAUAAAUUUUGGUGUAGCGAAAAAAGUAAAUCUUAUAGCUGUCAAAGUACUUAAUGCGGCAGGGGAUGGAUCUAAUGGUGAUGUUAUUGCCGGUUUAGUAUUUGUAUUAAAUGAACAUUUGGCAAACAUGAACAAAAAGACAGUCGUUAAUAUGUCAUUGGGUGGCGGAUUUUCAGAAAUAGUAAACGAAGUAGUACGAGUUCUCACAGAUAAUGGUAUACAUGUUAUCGUGGCUGCCGGAAAUGAGUCAAUUGAUGCUUGUAAUGUCUCACCUGCAAGUACACCAUCAGCAAUUACAGCGUGCGCAACUGAAAAGACAAGUGAUUCAAUUACUGAUUUCUCAAAUUUUGGACCUUGCGUUGACAUUUGUGCUCCUGGUAGGAAUGUUCCUUUACUUAACUUUGGACUCUUACCUAGCGAAGAAUCUGGUACAAGCUUCUCAUCUCCGCUAGUUGCGGGUGCUGUUGCUUUAAAAAUCAGUACUAUUGGUAAUCUUAGUCCUUCAGAAAUGGCCAAUGAAUUAUUUUCUGAUAGCACCAAAAAUAUUAUUACAGGAUUACCAGCUGGCACACCAAAUAGAUUCUUAUUUGUUUCUUAA